AUGGGAGAAGGAGACCCUUUAGAUCAAUUACUAUCGCGGAAACUAUAUAAUAAAUUCAAGGAGAGCACGUGCUAUACUACUUAUGGAACAUCCUACACAGAGGAACAGAGGCAACUGCAGCAGAAUCAAAAGGUUGCGGAAUAUACGGACAAAAUAAUGAAGGCCUGGUGUUACGUACUCAGAAUGCAGGAAUACGGACUCAAGGAGUAUCAUGGGGAUCGCUGUACUUUCUUAUAUUAUUAUAUAGGGGGGUUGUUGCCGGUAGAUUUGAGCAAAGGGUUACUUAUGAUCCGCAUGAAUCAAAUUGAGAACGCACUGAGGGGAACCGGGCGCAGUAAUAAUUGUGAUAACAAAUAUCCCCGUACUACUACCAACAAGAGUAUUUUUGACCAAAGGAAAAUACUAUUUGACUUUAAAUAUGACCAUAGUAAAAUGCAGCAGCAGUUAACUUCUUCUGAGUUUCAGUGUACUGAUGCAUAUAAAAGUCACUUAGAGGCCAUUACUAGGGCAUAUGAAGCUGUAAGUGCAGAUUGCAAGGGGGAGAACGGGAAGUAUGAGUAUUGUAAAACGUUCGCCAAGAAUUAUGGCGAUUAUUUUGAUAAUGGCACUCUGAAACUGAAAUGUCCCUCUGUUGUAGUCAAACUUGCCACACCGAAGAAACCUUCUGCUGGAGACGACUUUGAUCUUGGCGAUGCUGUCGUCGAUGGGGGUAAUGGUGAUCAUGCUCAGAACGAAGAGAAAAAAGCUGAAGGAGCACAAAACCAAGGAAAGAAAACAGAGAGUUCGUCAGUACAGAGCACAGAGUCUUCGAGCAAUAUCGCACCUGGCGCUGUGGCUGGUACCCUUUUCACGGUUGGAUUACCAGCAUUAGCAUAUUUCAUUUACAAGUACAAACCACACCUCUUCUUUGGAGGGAAUAACUACUCUGCACGAAGAAACAAAAGGCCCACCCUUAGGAGGGAAUUGAACAUACCAUACUCAGAUCACAACAAUGACAAUUCCACCAUUGGCGGAUCAGAUUCCAUGACAGAAUUUUCUAUUCCAUACACACGUUCCUCUUUUAGAUGA